UCCCCAUUAUAAGCAGCAGCAAGCAAGCAAACCAAAGCAAAGCAUCGAUCUCCCAUGGCGGCGGCGGCGGAGGAGGGGGAGGGGGUGCGGCUGCUGGGGGGGAGGAUGAGCCCGUUCACGAUGCGGGCGCGGAUGGCGCUGGCGCUGCGCGGGGUGGAGUACGAGCUGGUGGAGGAGGCGCUCCACCCGCGGAAGAGCGGCCGCCUCCUCGCCGCCAACCCGGCGUACGGGAGGAUCCCCGUGCUCCUCCUGCCCGGCGGCCGCGCCGUCUGCGAGUCCGCCGUCAUCGCGCAGUACGUCGACGACGCGUGGGGCGGCGCCGGCGCCGGCGCCGCCAUACUGCCGGUGGACCCGUACGAGCGUGCGAUGCAUCGGUUUUGGACCGCCUACAUAGAUGACAAGUUCUGGCCAGCGUUGGACGCCAUCUCACUGGCGCCAACGCCGGAAGCGCGGGCCACCGCGACGGCGAGCACCCGCGCGGCCCUGAAGCUCCUGGAGGAGGCCUUCGCCGCCCGCAGCAACGGCGGGGCCUUCUUCUCCGGCGGCGGCGCCGCCGCCUCGCCGGGCCUCCUCGACGUCGCGCUCGGCUGCUUCCUGCCGGCGCUCUGGGCCUGCGAGAACCUCAACGGGCUCCGCCUCCUGGACGACGACGCGACGCCGCUCCUCCGCGCGUGGAGCGCGCGGCUCGCCGCCACCCCCGCCGCCAUGGCCGUCAUGCCGGAGACGGAGGAGGUGGUCGCGUUCACGAGGUUCCUCCAAACCAAGUUUGGCGUCGCAGGAUCGAAAUAAUUAAGACAAUAUUAUGUAAUUUAAGUUAAUUUUUGUUGCUGUAUUUGUAUCGUCCCAAAGUUCGAUCGCUCCGGGGUUUAUGGUUUAGUUUAUUCCUUCCUUUGUUUUUAUUGGUGAACAUGCAUGCAAGGUUGGGUUUGGCAUAAACUCAAACCAUGAUGGAAUUAAUAAAAGUCCGCGAGAAUUUGAUAAUUUUA